AGACACAGUAGGGUUUAAGCACAGACUGUGUGUGUGUGUGUGUGUGUGUGUGUGUGUGAGUGAGAGAGAGAGAGAGAGAGAGUAGACACCAUUUGAAUUCAAUGUCGUCUUCGAUGGCUUCGAUCUCGAGAAGAAUCUAUCGCUCUCUCUUCACCAACCCUUCUUCUCAAUUCUCCAUUCGCUUCUGCUCUACACUCUCUUCCCCUCAAACCCCCGACGAUUCCACUAUCGAACCCGACCCGAAUACCGAGUCCGACUCAGCUUCCCCUUCCUCUCCUUCACCGUCAUCAUCAUCAGACUACACCCAACGGCAAACCUUCUUCGAUCGCCCUCUCGAAAACGGCUUGGACGUUGGCAUUUACAAGGCAAUAUUGGUGGGUCAGGUGGGGCAGACUCCGCUGCAGAAGAGGCUAAAGAGUGGGAGGACGGUGACGCUGUUGUCGGUCGGGACGGGUGGGAUUCGGAACAACCGGAGGCCGUUGGAUAAUGAGGAGCCGAGGGAAUAUGCGAAUCGGUGUGCAGUUCAGUGGCAUCGGGUCUCCAUUUAUCCUGAGAGGUUGGGGUCCAUUGCCUUGAAGCAUGCUGUUCCUGGUUCAAUUUUGUAUUUGGAGGGGAAUUUGGAGACCAAAAUCUUCACUGAUCCAAUAACUGGUCUUGUCCGACGUAUAAGAGAGAUAGCCGUUCGUCAAAACGGCCGGCUUGUAUUUCUAGGAAAGGGUGAUGAUGCCCAGCAACCAACACAGGGAGAGUUGAGAGGAGUCGGCUAUUACUGAAAGCAGAGUCGGAGAUACGAGCAACUGAAAAAUUAACCACCGAGACUUUCUUUGACAUUUGUAAUUAUGUUCUCUCAUUGCCCUAAGGUUCAUUUCUGGGUCAUUUACAAUGUUUUGUUCAUUCAUCCAAUUAGUUGUUUUAGUAAAUGAGCUUCUCUGAUUAGCAUUAACCUUUAGAGUGAUCACUCAUCAUCUUGUUCUAAUAUUUGGGUUUUGAAUUUUAUUUUCUGCCUCAGACUUCAAUUUUGAUGUAUUGUGCUAUUCAAGUUUUAGCUUA